AUUUUCUUUUUUAAUCUUUAUAGAGUAACUCUUAGUUCAUUGGACACAAAGUCUAAAAAGCCAUGUAACUGUACCAAAUCCCAGUGUCUGAAAUUGUACUGUGACUGCUUUGCUGGCGGGGACGUCUGCAACAACUGCAACUGCAACAACUGCUGCAACAAUCUGCGGCACGAAAUCGAACGGUUCAAGGCCAUCAAGGCAUGUCUUGAUAGAAAUCCAGAAGCUUUCCAACCAAAAAUUGGGAAAGGAAAACUGGGUGAUGUGAAACCUCGACAUAACAAAGGAUGUAAUUGCAAGAGGUCGGGCUGCCUUAAGAACUACUGUGAGUGCUAUGAGGCCAAAAUUAUGUGUUCUUCUAUUUGCAAAUGCAUUGGUUGCAAAAAUUAUGAAGAAAGCCCAGAACGAAAAACACUAAUGAACAUGCCAAACUACAUGGAAAUUGGAGGUUUUGAAGGCAGCCAUCAUUUGUCACCAACGAAAUUUUCAGGACUGCCAAAAUUCAGAAAAGAUAGGCGGUCGACCUCGUGCAUCUCCUGGGAGGUGGUGGAAGCCACAUGUGCCUGCUUGCUGGCCCAGGGCGAAGAAGCGGAGAAGGAGCACUGCUCCGAGUGCCUGGCGGAGCAAAUGAUCCUAGAGGAGUUCGGGAGAUGCUUGUCACAGAUUCUCCAUACUGAGUUUAAAUCCAAAGGGCUGAAGAUUGAGUAAAGCACAGCAUGGUGAAAUACA